CAAAUAUCUAGGGAAAUAUAAAAGCAAAAAUUGCUAGAGGAUUUAGAAAGAAAAAACACAAUGAAUAUUCGAAGGAUGGAAACAGUAAUUUUCCCUCUACUUGUUAUUUUGUGUUACAUUUGUAAUCCGUGUUUGUCAAUAAGAAAAUACAGCAAGGAAGAUGUUAUAAAACUUCGAGAAGAAGUUCGGGAAAUGUUUCAACACGCGUACGAUAGUUACCUACGUUACGCGUAUCCCUAUGAUGAGUUAAGGCCUCUCAGUUGUGAUGGAGUGGAUACCUGGGGUAGCUACUCUCUUACAUUAAUCGAUGCACUUGAUACACUCGCUAUAAUGGGUAACUAUACAGAAUUCAACAGAGUUGUAGAUGUAGUCCUACAAAAACAAAACUUUGACACUGAUAUCAAUGUUUCUGUCUUUGAAACAAAUAUUAGAAUUAUUGGAGGAUUAUUGAGCGCUCAUCUAUUAUCUCAUAAAACUGGAUUAAAGUUAGAACCAGGCUGGCCUUGUAAUGGUCCCCUGUUGCGUCUUGCUGAAGAUGUAGCUCAAAGACUUAUAGCAGCAUUUGAUACAACAACUGGCAUGCCAUAUGGCACCAUUAAUUUGAGGUCAGGAGUACCUCCGGGAGAAACCAGUGUCACUUGUACUGCAGGAGUUGGCACAUUUAUUAUUGAAUUUGGCACACUAAGUAGACUUACGGGUGAUCCACUCUAUGAAGAGGUGGCCUACAAUGCUUUAAAAGCACUAUACCACCACAGAUCACCUAUAGGCCUGCUCGGCAAUCACAUAGAUGUCAUGACAGGAAGGUGGACUGCACAAGAUGCUGGUAUAGGAGGAGGUGUUGAUUCCUACUUUGAAUACUUAGUUAAAGGUGCAAUACUAUUGGAAAAGCCUGAACUAAUGUCAAUGUUUAAAGAAGCGCGGCAAGUAAUUGACAAGUACCUGAAGAAGGAUGACUGGUUUGUGUGGGCGACGAUGUUACGAGGUCAUGUCACUCUGCCUGUCUUCCAGUCACUUGAAUCUUACUGGCCGGGUGUACUUACUUUAAUUGGUGAAACAGAUACUGCUAUGCGUAUAAUACACAACUAUCAUAGUGUGUGGAAACAGUACGGUUUUACACCUGAAGUAUAUAAUUUAGGCACAGGGGAAGCAUCAACUUCUCGGGAGAGUUAUCCGUUGCGACCUGAGCUGAUAGAAUCCAUUAUGUACUUGUAUAGAGAGACCAGAGAUCCCAUUCUACUUCAGAUGGGCGAAGAUAUAUUGAGAAGUAUACAACAUAGUGCCAGAACUCCUUGCGGUUAUGCUACGAUUAAAGAUGUAAGAGAUCAUCGUAAAGAAGAUAGGAUGGAAUCAUUCUUUUUAGCGGAGACAACUAAAUAUUUAUAUUUACUUUUUGAUCCUGACAACUUCAUACACAACCCGGGAGUUCACGGCACUGUUAUAAAUACACCGAAUGGUGAAUGUAUUGUUGAUGUCGGAGGAUAUAUUUUCAAUACUGAAGCACAUCCCAUAGAUCCAACCAUGCUUUAUUGCUGUCAUGAAGCCAGGCAAGGUAUAAAUAUAAGCGAAGUACACAGAAUAUAUCAAAUAUUAGAAGAGGAAGAUAAUAUUCAGUUUAUGACAAUUAUUGAUGCAUCUCUUAAUGUCAGUACAUCUAAUGAAAGUGUCAGUGAAGUUGCAAAUAAUUACACAGUUGAAAAUGUUUCAAAUGUAACCUUAGUUGAAGAAAAGAACGAAAAGAAAGAAGUAGAAAAAGAGGAACUGAUUAAAACGGAAACAAGGACAGGCUAUGUUAAUAUAGAUGGCACAGAAAGAGAGAAGACUAUAAAUGAAACAACUCUAAGCGAUAUCGUCAAAGACAGAAUCAAUAGUUACUACGAAAAGGCUAAUGUUAAAGGUGAACAAGGAACAAUAGAAGAAGACGAAGUGAAACCUAAAAAAUCUGCAGAAAAAGUCAACAUUGAUGAUAUAAUAGUUGUUCCAAAAUAUAACGAGAACGAUAAUUUACAAUUGCCGAGUACGACAAAGGCUAAGGAAGCUAUAAAAAUAUUACCAAAAGUAAUUCAAGAUUAUUUGAAUAACGAUUGGAAGAGGAAACCCAAGUGCGAGCCGCAGUACAUGCUGGAGAGAAUCCGCAAAGAAAAAUUGUACCCGGAUCAUCCUGAUGUAGAUAAAUAUGAAUUAUUGUUGACGCCGGCGCCUUCUUUUCUACAAAGAAUAUCUUUAGCCGGAGAAUUCCUUAACAAGAAACAAUUAGAAUUAUAA